AUGACGUAGAAUCCCGGAGCCGCGCUGAGGGCCCUGCCCCCAGAGAAGCAGCCGCGACAGCCAUGGGUCCCGGCUGGUCGCCUACACGGCGGCUGUGGCCGCUGCUGUGGCGCAGGGUGGUCUCGCAGCCAGCGGGCCCCGCGGUGUCUUCGGUUCCCCGGCUUCCUCGGCUGGCAGAGCGAUGGCUUUCGGCAGGGCUGGCGGCCGGCCCGACCCCGAGCCCGGCGCGCGGCCUGCACCGUGAACCUCAGCCGCAGGAGCGGCCCGAUGGCGAGGCGAGGCUGCAGCCGGGAGCCGCAGAUCACAUUGGCUCCAAGUUUGAUAUCGAUAUGCUGGUUUCACUUCUGAGGCAAGAAAAUGCAAGAGACAUUUGUGUGAUCAAGGUUCCUCCAGAAAUGAAAUACACAGACUACUUUGUAAUUGGUAGUGGGACUUCCAGCCGGCACUUACACGCUAUGGCCUACUACAUUGUGAAGAUGUAUAAACACCUGAAAUGUAGAAGUGACCCGUAUGUCAAAAUUGAAGGGAAGGACACGGAUGACUGGCUGUGUGUGGAUUUUGGCAGUAUGGUGAUCCAUUUGAUGCUUCCAGAAACCAGAGAAACCUAUGAAUUAGAGAAAUUAUGGACUCUACGUUCUUUUGAUGACCAGUUAGCUCAGAUAGAAGCUGAGACGUUACCUGAAGACUUCAUUCUUGGACUAGAAGAUGCCGCCUCAUCCCUGACUCCAGUGGAGUUCAAAUGUGAAUAAAAGGAAUGCCUCUCAUCCCUUAGACGUGAGCCAUCUGCAAGUGCAGGUCCUAGCCCUAUCUGCUUGGUCACUACAAGUUAUGUCUACCUCUUGGACACUCAUGCUGAUGGCGGCCAUGCAGAGACUGUAGAUAAAUUAGCUCACAGACCAAGAACCAGGAAUUCAGUCCCAGUUUUUCAGCAUACUGCCUUUACUUUUGAGAUCAUAUCAGAAUUACUAGCACUGAUCCCCAAUAUUAACUCAAGUUCUCUGCUCAGAUUAUUAAAUUUGUUUAACUGUCAAUCUUACUGUGGAAUGGCCAGAGCUUGGAAAGAGCAUCUGUACAACCCUUCCAGAAGAAAGCAGAAUAUUUAGAUUAUUAGGAAAAAUUAUACAAAUCUUUAGUUCAUAUGAAAUAGGAUAAUCAAAGUUCACCUUAAUGUACCAGAGGCUGAAAAAAAAACAACUUACCAGUAGGUUAUUGCGUAGUGUAAGAUGCAUAUUGUGGGAAUAAAUUCAGGAGCACUCAACUGAAAACAGACUACAAAAAGCUGUGGCUUAUGAUGAAAACUUUAUUCUGCAUCAAGGUACCUGGAAAACGAAGCUGGGGCACAUUAUAGAUGAGAAAUGAUCCAUAAAUGGUGAAUACAAAACUCAGUUAUAGAUUCCUCUCAGCACCAGGUACUCCAGACUACCAAUGCCUAAGUGAAAGUAAAGCAUGGUUUGCCACAGUGAAAGGCCAGACGUGAGACAUGGCAGAAUUGAAACCAGCAGAUAUAAAUGCAGCACCUGUCAGUUAAACAAAUACUGGGAAAACCAAAUAUUGAGGAAGAGUUCUGGCCUUAAACACAUCUCCCCUGAAAUCCAAGCAGGGGAACAGGUCACUUUUUUUUAAAGCAGUUUAAAUC